GAAUGCUCUGACUGUCUACAUCGACACAUUUUACCACGAAGUGGAUGUUUUACUGGAGCAUUUCACUCAGAGUUCCUAUGGGGCAUUCAGCAUGAAGAACCUUUUAAAGUCAGUGAAAGCCAUCUGCUACAACCUGGCCAAAGUGGAGACUGUGGAGAUCACAAAGACUUUGGAGAAACUUCAGCGCAAUGUUUCUGAGCUGGCAAGUCCUAGCUCAAAGAUUCAGGGCAUGUACGGCAAGUCCCAGGACAGGGAAACACAAGAUGCUAUCAAUGUGGCUCUGAGGUGCUCUCUAGUGGAUGACCUCAAGGAGACCGUGGACCAGCUUGUGGAGGCGGUCAAGCGGCUGGUCAAGAUGUACUGCCAGACUUUUCUCACAGACUUCUUUUUGGGGUCUUCUGUUGUUAUACCACACGAUCACCUAGAAGUUGUCCAGCUGCAGGAAUACCUCAUUGUCUGUCUCUCAUCUGCUCACCGCAUCCCAGCCGCCUGGACCAACCAGUUUGAGGACUACAAGAUAGUCUGCAGCCUGUACCAUGGGACCAAGAGACUGGCACCAGACAUCAGCACAUCUCUGAAGGCUCUCUCCAGAGGUCUCUGUGAGAGGAUCUGCUGGGAUGAAUGGCUGCAGUUUGACAAGGUUCACCUCUGUACACUUCCCCGGGAGACCAGACUGUGCCUCAUGCUCUGUGGGACUCGCAGUACCAUUGGAGCAGGGGAAAAGGCCACAGACAAGGCCUCAGACAAAGGGGAAGCCUCGUCGGAAGGCAAGAAAGUGACAUAUCCUCUAGGGGCAGCAGCCAUCCAGCUCUUUAAUGAGAAAGGGUACCUGAACCAGGGUGCACAGCUGGUCCCCCUGAUGAUGGGUGUCAGUUCGGAUCCCAUCAUGCCAUCCUGCAAGACCCUACUCCCAGACUCGGUACUGGUACAGGUAAACCUGCCAGACUUUGAGAGGACAAUCUUCUUUCCGGAGCCCUUAAAUGCAGCCACCAGCCCAACAAGAUCAUUUGACCUUCUGGCGCCACAACUUCGCACCAUGGUGACCAAUGUCAUGGAGAAGGAGUCUUGUCUCUCGUUUUCUGCAGAAGAGCUGGAGAUUCUGUGGACAUACCGACACUACAUGACAGCCCAUCCUUCGCUGCUGCCACGAAUUCUGCAGGCCGCCAUCAGCUGGGACUGGGCCAGCCUCUCAGAGAUCUACGCGCUGCUGCGAGUGUGGAAGCCACUCCGUCCCAUCCAGGCGUUCGAGUUGCUGCUGCCCCAGUUCCCGGAUCUGCGGGUGAGACAGUUUGCCGCGGACAGCUUGAACAAGAUCCCAACAGAUGACCUCAUUGAUUUCCUGCCACAGAUGAUUCAGGGUUUAAAGUUUGAGAGCUACCACAACUCCCCACUGGCCAAGCUGCUGCUCGAGCAGUCAUGCAAGAGUCCCAGGUUCGCUCACCAGUUUUUCUGGCUUCUCAAAGGAGCUGCCUCCCAAGAUGCAACAUACAAGCGGCGAUACGAGCUGAUGUUUGUGGCCCUGGCCAGUGUGGCUGGGGAUGCUCUCUACCAGGAGUUCAAGAAGCAGGAGGAGCUGGUGAAGAUCAUGACCUCUGUGGCAGAGAAGGUCAAGGAAGCCAAAGACAAGGAUGUGACCUUGAAGCAAGAACUAGUUUCUCUUCAUCAAAUGGUUGAACGGAAGGGCAGGCUACUCUUGCCCUACAACCCAAGUGUAGAAGUUGUGGGCCUUGACAUGAAGUCAUGCUCCUAUUUCACCUCUAAUGCCUUCCCGCUGAAACUGGUUUUCAAGAACUCCAACCCAAGGGCAGACUCUCACUACGUCAUUUACAAGGUUGGCGAUGACCUCCGGCAGGAUAUGCUGACACUUCAGAUGAUCCGGAUCAUGGAUAACUUGUGGCUGCAGCAAGGUCUUGACCUCAAAAUGAUUACAUUUGCUUGUCUGGCGACAGGGCCUAAGAAGGGUGUCAUAGAGCUGAUCACAGAGUCUGAAACUCUUCGCAAGAUACAGGUGUCCUGUGGGGUGACUGGAUCCUUCAAAGAUCGGCCAAUCAAAGAAUGGCUACAGAAGCACAACCCGACAGAACUGGAAUAUAAGAAGGCUGUCGAGAACUUCACCUACUCCUGUGCCGGCUACUGUGUGGCCACGUAUGUGCUGGGUGUGUGUGACAGGCACAACGACAACAUAAUGCUGAAACAGUCCGGCCAUAUGUUCCACAUUGACUUCAGCAAAUUCCUAGGAGAUUCUCAGAUGUUUGGCUCCUUUAAGAGAGACCGAGUCCCUUUUGUCCUGACCUCUGACAUGGCCUAUGUGAUCAACGAUGGCGCCAGACCGGGACACAAGUUCCAGCACUUCAUCGACCUGUGUUGCCAAGCUUUCAACAUUCUGCGCAAACAUGCAGACUUGUUCCGCAGCUUGUUCAUCUUGAUGAUCAGGUCAGGGAUCCCAGGUGUCACAGAGCAUGCUGUCCAGUAUGUACAGACCACACUUCUACCUGGAUGCUCCGAGGCUGAGGCUACCGCCACCUUUACCAGAAUGAUUGAGGAAUCCAUGAAGUCUGUGUUCACUCAGUUCAACUUCUUUAUCCACAACCUGGCCCAGCUGAAGUUCUCCAGCCACAGUGAGGGGGCACUCCUCUCCUUCGUACCCAAGGCCUACAGUGCUGCAUCUGAUGGGAAGAUCUCAUCCGUGGAACUGUUUGGCUACCAGAAGAGAUACACACCAGAGAAACACUAUAUUUUUAUCCUAAAAAUCGAGAGAGAAAACCAGAAGGUGCCGACUUACAUCUUCCGUCACUUCUCGGAGUUUGUGGAGCUUCGGGACAAGCUGAAUUACAUCUUUCCACUACUGUCUUGGCCCAACUUCUCCACCAGAGUGGUCAUUGGGCGGAGCAACAUCAAAUCAGUCGCGGAGAGUAGGAAGACAGAGAUUGCAAACUUUCUUCGUUUCCUUUGGGGUAAAACUGCAGAGAUCUCCCAGUGUGAGCUGGUGUACACUUUCUUCCACCCACUGCUGAGGGAUGAGCAAGAGGCGGAGAAGGCAAAGCUGAACAUGACCAAACUGAGAGAACCACUGAUCCACCGGAGCACCAACGUGGGCAACUCUGGCAUCCAGGGGGAGAUCAAACUGUCCAUCCAGUUCAAGAAGAAUGCCCUGCAGGUGAUGGUGAUGCAUGUCCGAGGACUGGCAGAGGGAUCCCAGUUGCCAAGUCCAUACGUGAAGACAUACUUGUUGCCAGAUCCUGACAAACAGACAAAACUCAAGACCAAGACCGUGAAAAAUACCAGCCACCCGACAUUCAAUGAGUUGCUUCAGUAUGAGGUGCCCCGACAAGAGAUUGUCUACCGUCUGCUGCAGGUGUCUGUCUGGGACCGGGACAUGCUCAAGGAGAACAACUUCCUGGGAGCUGUCUACAUCAAGCUGCGGGAUCUGGACCUCGACAAGGACAAUGUCGGGUGGCAUCGACUGGGCCGCAUUCAAAUGCCGAACUGA